AUGUCCGACAGAGACCCGUACGACUACCCGCCGGGCCAAGAGCCCAGCAGCAGUAAAGACGGAAACAGAGAGUCCAACGCCAACGCCAACUCCAACGCCAACAGCGACAACUACCACCGAAGAGGGUCCAAUGACCAUGACUCGGGAUACGCGCCUUCUGUGUCCGGCAGCAUCAUCACCGACGAGCUGGUCGACAAGUCGAAGCUCAUUGUGUUUGAUGGCUCGACCCUGGAGGCCGCAGACAGCUCGCACCGACGGCUCAGUGGCGAGACUCGCCAGAUGCAACAAGCCCAACUGAGCCAGCUUCGGUACAAUGAGAACCGGAUAUCGUUAGGUCGAAGUAUCUCGGCCGUGAUGGGCAUCCUACGGGAGCUCCAGGACGUUAACAGAGACCGACCGGUCUACUACCCCCCAGUGGCAAACCCUCAGCCCCCCACAGCCACCUCUUCCAGACACAGCUCACCGGUUCCAGACCUACAGGCGAUCCAAGACCCCCGAAACGAGCUACUACGGAACGUUAGUAUAUUCGGCGAGGCCCCCCGAGACAUCACUCCUGCUCCCCAGAACAGACGCCAAAGCUACAUUGAGGGGUUCGACGAACUGCCCACCGUGGACUCGGAGUUCAACAUCUUCAAGCUCGCCAUUGUGGAUGACUCCAAAGCGUCCAAGGACGUGCACGAGUUUGACAAGGAAGCCCUAGGCGUGCUCAUCGACACACGAAUCACAAAGUGCAUGAAGCACUUGUCCAACUUGAGAGUUCGUAUUGACGAUACCGCCUCAAAGGUGCUCAUUACCGGAGAUGUCAACUCGGGUAAGUCGACCUUCUGCAACGCGCUUCUCAGAAGAUAUCUGCUGCCCGAAGACCAGCAGCCCUGUACUAACGUCUUCUGUGAGGUGAUUGACGCGCGGGAAAACGACAAUGUGGAGGAAGUUCAUGCGGUGCCACUAGGAAUGGAGUACAACCGCAACUCGGAGGCCUCCUACGAGGUGCACAAGCUUGGCGACCUCGAGGAUCUGGUCUAUGAGGUGGACCGAUACCACAUUCUGAAAAUCUACACCGUAGAUAACAGACCCAUCACCCAGUCGCUGUUGCACAACGGAGUGAUUGAUAUUUCGCUGAUUGACGCUCCGGGACUCAACAAGGACUCGUACCAGACCACCCAAGUGUUUUCUCGUCAGGAGGAGAUUGAUCUUGUGAUUUUCGUCGUUUCUGCCGAAAACCACUUUACCCUUUCUGCCAAGGAGUUUAUCACUGCUGCUGCUCGAGAAAAGUCGUAUGUUUUCAUUGUCGUGAACCGAUUCGACACUAUUAAAAACAAGCAGCGAUGUAAGCAGCGCAUUCUUGACCAGGUCAAGGAACUGUCUCCUGCUACUCACAAGGACGCCUCGGAGUUUGUGCAUUUCGUUUCCUCCUCCAGACAGCUGGAGAAGAGCCCUGCUGGCCCCGAUGAUGGCCCUGGUGACGACGACGACCCCGAUAACAACAAUCCCGACAUGUCCGACGCCGAUUUCGACGCCCUGGAAGAGUCUCUGCGAAACUUUGUACUUGAAAAGCGGUCUGUUUCGAAACUCUCACCCGCAAAGACCUAUCUCACGCACAUUCUUGACGAUCUUGAGAAACUCGUUCACGCCAACAAGGCUGUUUCCCAGCAACAAAAGGAUAUUUUGUUGUCUCAACUGAAACAGAUCACUCCUCAGUACGAUCGGUCUAUCAGUGACUCAACUUCUGCUUCGACCCAGGUGGACCAGACUCUCGAGGACUGCUGCAAGCAGGCCUACUACGAGACUCGGGAGGGUCUUUCAGCCAAGUUUGAGCAGCUCGCCACUGUGUCGCCCGCCUUUUCAUCCUACUUUGACCUGUACGCUUACGCAGAGGCCACCAUGGACAAGAUUGUCGCCCAGCUUCAAUCUGCGGUGAUUGAGUGCGAGGACAAGGCCAAGGCACAUGUGAUUUCGGCUGUGGAUGUGAUUAACACCGUUGGAGCAGAGAAGAUUGGCUCCGAGUUCAUGGCUAACAAGGUGUUCCGACACGAUCUCAUGUUCACUCGAAGAAAGGAUACACUCAGUCGGGCCAUCAAGACGGACAUUUACCCGUCCGACUUUAUCGACAUUCAGCUUCCGUCCAUGACCGAUGUGAUCACCUACGACUACGCCGGCAAGGUCAAGUCCCUUUUGGGUCUGGAAAACCUCACCAAGAGUGAGACGGCCCAGAAGAUGCUUUCCAGCGAGUCUGCUACCGCUGUUUCCAACGCUUUGACGCUGGCUUCAGUUGUGGGAGGAUCCCGGCUCAUUGUCAACCGCGGAUGGGUGCAUUUCAUGUCCAACAUUAUUGCUUCCGAGUUCGGAACCGUCAAGAAGCUGAUUCUGCCUGUGUGCGUUGUUUCUGUUGUCGCUUCGCUCGGCUACAUCAUCUACGACAUGCCUGCUGCUGUGCCCAGGAAUCUCGCUCGACGAGUGGUCAACGAGGUCAACUCCAUCGACUACAUCCAUUCCAACAGUGAGCGAAUUGCCCAGGAAUGUAGACAGGUGCUCAAGUACCCUGCGCGGGAGGUACGGGCUGGGUUCGACCGGCUGAUUGAAAAGAACUCGCGCAAGAGAGAUGAGUGUUCCAAGAUGGCCAAGAAGGCCGACGUGGCCAACAAGUUUUUUGUCAAGCUGGAGCGGGAGAUUCAGAGCCAGAAACGGGCUCUCGAGCUGAUUCACGUCGAAGUCAGUGCUCUUCCUCUCGACUGA